UAGGAAAACUGUGAGAGGUAGAGUCUAAAGCAAGUUCUCCUUCCUUCGAUUGUAUGGCAUGCAGGUCUGAUACGUUAUAGACGUCGCAAGCAACUGAAGGGGCCGGAAAAAUAAACGCGACCGGAUAGGCAACAUGGAUGGUCGGAAUCCGGAAGAACAAGACGGUAGCAUGAAUGCCAACCGACGGUUCAACAGCGAGGGGGUCAAAGGCAACGCGAGGGGGAUUUUGGAAAAAGGGAGUCAUACCGGGAGGAGGCCUGCAGAAUCUCGGGGAAUGAGGCCAAUCGUAGUCGGAAAUACGGAAGAGUCACAGACCUCGGUGGGUGGAGUGACAAAGAGAAGGAAGGUAGCAGAUACCCUACGAAGACUGAAGGAAGUGGAGCAGAUGAUAGCAACUUACAAAGCUGGUGUAAUUGAAGAGAUGAUAAAGGACAUUGAGGGUGAGGAUGACGAUAAGCUACACAAUGAUGAGUGGCAAGGUGAGAUGCAACGAGAGCGCAUCAUUGGGAAGCCCGUACCGACUCCAUUGAUGGACGCCGGAGUAGAGGUUGUCGAUCUUCAUGACUACAUUGCGAAGAUCGACCGCGAGUUCAAGACACAAUGGUACGACGACACCGACGCGCCAUUGUUGUACAUACGCAUUCAGAUCGGAGAGGCGGCGUGCAACACUUUGAUCGAUUGCAGAGCUACUCGUAACUACAUGAGCCAAGACUUUAUGGUACGCGCUGGCCUUGGGCCACAUGUUCGGAGGAAGUCGCAGCCCACGCAAGUCACGUUGGCCGACGUUCACACGCACAAGUCAAUCGACCGGUGCAUUGAUGUCGUCCCCGUGUACCUUGCCCCGCAUGCAAGCGAGGCCGUGUCCUUCGAUAUUUUGGACACCAAGUUCGACAUGAUCUUGGGUAUGUCAUGGCUGCGAAGUGAGGAUCACCCAGUGAACUUCUACCGCCGCACCGUUCACGUUCUCGAUCGGAACGGAGUACUAGUCCCAUGCACGGUGCCUCCUCCUCACCCUUCGAUCAGAUGCCACGUAGUGUCCGCCGCAAGCAUUCGAGCUUCCAUCAUCCGGGAUGACAUCGAGGAGAUGUGGGUGUGUUUUCUCCACGCCCUCCCGCCCCAAGACAUUCCAUCGACGGACUCACCAUUGGACCCUCGCAUCACCGAGCUUCUCGAUGCCUACGGCGACGUGUUCGAAACACCGCACGGAGUUGUACCGGAUCGGCCCAUCCACCACGAGAUUAUCCUCGAGGAUGGGGCCACCGAUCCUGUGGGUGAUUUGGUGGCAGAGAUACAUCCGGAUGAUGGAGGACGCGAGGGUGGCAGAAGGCUUCCUGUGCUUCUCCUAGUCAUCGUCGUCCUGUUCCACGUGCUCAUCCAUUGUAAGGUGCCUGGGCGUACACACAGGAGGCGGUCAGCGAAGAAGGGUGUGGACAUGGACGACCGGCAGCCGAAGAGCAGGGCGUUGUUCGACUCCCCCACCGCUCCCCACGCGCAACAUAGUAGUGGUCGAAGGUCACAACAGUACGAUCCGACUGCGUACGCGCACUUACCGUCGAACGAAAUUCCGUUGCCGCCGAUGGACGACGAGGCGGAGGAGAAUGUUCUCGCAGAGUGGCACUCGGGAGCGACACAGGAUUGGGCGCGGAGCCAGUUCUUUGGUAGUCGGCAAACAGCCUCUCGGCAGUCAUACACACAACUGCUUGAAGAAGGUUUACGCGAGGAAGACGCAUGUGCCAGCGUCAAUCUAUCGUUCAGACUAUGUAGCGCGAGCUCAGCGGCGGCGACAUGUACGCGCAUCGUCGAUCCCCACCCUGACGGCGAUUGGGGUGAUGCGCCGGUCGUCGACCGGUCGGGGGGGGGGGUCGUCCGCAGGAUCGCUGACAGCAAACACGACGAGGGAUCGACAUUGUGUGCAGUUGAAGUCGACGCCUGCAACAUGUCACGAAGUCAUUCGUCCGCAAUGGGUGCAAUUGCCAUCGCCGUUGACGUUGAUGAACGGAUAGGUCGACACGUGUGGGCGGAACAUCGCCAGAAACUCCGUGGAGAUCUUGAAGACGCGAUAACGUCGGGGGUUCGCUGCCUGCAUGUCGGCAGAAGCGACGGAGACAAAGAGGCGGUUGUUGCGGUGGACGACUAUGAAGACUUGGACGACGAAGACAAAGAAGACGAAGACGCUGAUGUGGAGAUUCGGCCUCUGGGCAAGAGGUCCAUGGGUGGUCGUGGAACAAGCAAGAAGGCUUCUGCACCGCAUGGACGACGGACCAAGAAGAGUGUAUCUGCCGGGGAGCGAUGGCGAGGGCGACGUCGACGUGGACGGUGGGAGGACCUUUUGGUCGGUGGACCACAUGGUCGCUCUCGUGAGGGCAAAACGGGAUCAGGAUGCGCACCUGGAGGGCAUGGGGUACGCAUUUGCCUGCAUGAAGCCAAGGGAAUGGAAGUGGCAGGAUGUUCACGAGAGACUAAAGAAGGAUCACAGGAUCUAGUCGCCCUACAGGCUCAAAAGACUACACGGACUGUUUGGGUAGAAGAUCAGCAAUGGCCAGAGGUCCUCAUCCAAGAAAUGGCAGCGGUGCUGCAGAACGAUCAAAGCCAAAAGGCAUUGGUCGAAGUACCACAGUCUUGGGAGGAGGGUAUCCCGCCCCACUUCCUCCGACCAGUACUGUGUAUAGCCCCUCUGCAGGCCCAUUGUAGCACCGAUCUGGCAAUCAAUCUCAUAUCCGACCCAGAGAUUGACUCCAACGUGGACUCCACCCCCCGCUACUUAUUAUCUGCAUCAUCAGCAUUGCCUCAGACGGAGUCUUCUGAAUCGGAGGCGACAGACACGGAGACAGACAUCGAGCCAGAACCAGUACAGCAGCAGCAAAGGGCUGACCAACUAAAGACCAAAGUGGCCAUCAAUGUGACCGACCAUCAAAGUUGUGGCCUCCCCACCCCUUCUUCGUCAGAGAUGCAGUUGUUUACGAAACCAGCCACCAGAGGAAAAUUAAGAGAUCUGAUCAGACCCUCCUCGUUGUUGGCAGCACGCAGUUACGACCCCCUGCAGGGGCUGCUCGUCCUGCCGCUUAGCAGGGAAUCCGGUAGCCACAGCUGGCAGCUGGGCCUGUGGACGAAGGGAUACUUGGCAGACUUCAGUGGGCCCAAUACGAAAUCGAAAAGUGAAUAUGUGGUGCUCACAGUGGAAGAAUGGAAAGGGCAAUAUGCCAAGCACAAGGCUCUCAAAAUGGUGGCUGCGCUGCUCAAAGAAAACCAAGACAUCGGAGCUCAAGGGGCGGCUUUCCGCCAGGACCACCCCUUUCCGAAAGGCAUAACCGUAGCCACAACCGCCUUCGAUUACGACUGGUCCAGGAAGGCCGACUCUGUGUUGCUGUGGUUCACGGAAGAACAGCUAGGGGAUGGUCGGCACGCGUGGAGGGAUCGAAGGACCGGGGUCAGGGUCGGGAUCGAGGUCGGGGUUGAUCACGGAGUCGAUCGGGGGUGGGAGGAGUCAGGGUCAGAGAAGUCAGGGUGUGGGGGUCAAUCGGGGAUAGCGGGGGAGACGGGGUCGGCAGGCGUGGAGGAAUCGAAGGGUCGGGGUCAGGGUUGGUUGAUCAGGAACGAAUCCGUGGGAGUGACGGGGUCGGAGGUGGGCGGGAUCGGGGUCAAUCGGGAAUCGAUCGGGGGUGGGAAGAGUCGGGGUCGGAGCGGGUCUCGAGAAGGGAUAGUGGGAUCGAGAGUCGGGAGCGGGAGGGGGAGUCGAGGUCGGGAUUGGAUCACGGAGGGGACGGGGGUCGGGAUCGAUCGGGAAGGAUUGGAGAUGGGCGGGAUCGAGAAAGUCGGGGUCGGGGUUGAUAACGGCAGGACGGGUCAGAGGCGAGGUCGGGAUGGGGUCGGGGUUCACGGAGGGCGGGGAGGAACGGGAUCGGAAGCAGAGGGGAAGAGGCACGACGGGGUCGGGAUCGGAAGUGGGGAGGGGGAGACGCUCGCACUAAUUGAGGAUGAGGAACAGCGCCAGCUGGCAGCCGAGGCUGCCCGCCUACAAGCUGAAGCAGCGGCAACAGCUGAGAAGCAGCGGCUACAGGCCGAAGCAGAUGCAGAUGCCCAAGCACGCCGCAAGGAAGCCCAGGAUCUGCUGCGGUGGCAUGAAGCUGCCAGCAUCGAAAGACUCAAGUUCUGGCAGUUUCAACCGUCCAAUGCGGACGACGCGACACCGGAAGAGCAGCAUAAGGAGUUCCUCUCCAAACUCGUGACACGGUUGUUGUACGCUUGCAACUACCAACAAUCUGAGUUAGAGAGUCAGAACCAGGAACUGCAGCAACAGUACCAGGAUCAGAAGACACAGCACCAGGAGUUGGCGAACCUUCGCCGGAUAGUGCAGAGCUACGAGGAUGCUACACGGGCACUCAAUUCCCGUGUACUGGUCCUGGAGCAAGCCGUACCAGGACCAGAUGCUGGUGAGGCCAGCAAUGCACCCUCUAACCACCAACUGGAGCAACGCGUCGACCACGUCGUCCCAAUGCUCGGCGACAUUAGCACCUUCGCUGCGCCGACCACCAUCAGCAAUCAGCUGGAUACUUUGAAGACCGAGGUCCAGCAACUGCAGUUGACGAACACGGAUGGCAACAAUCCAAAGCAAUACAAGAUGCCAACUUUUCAAAUUGAGAAGUUUGACAACUACACGCAUCAGGACCCGGUGCUCUGGUGGGAGGCUUUCACGACGCAACUUCGGAUUCUGCCUGUCGCCAAGCACGGGUACAUCGACGCCCUGUUCAUGAACUCAAAGGGCGGAUGCCAGAUCUGGUUAACCCACCUGGCAGCCACCCACGGCGUCGACGUCGCAGAUAUGAGAGACAAUAUCACAUGGGAAGAGUUAACACGGCUGUGGAAGAAGCGGUUCAUCGUCGACGAUGCACCAGCACUCGCCAUCAACCGUCUCUUCACCAUGACUCAAGGCAACACAGCAACACGUGACUGGCUCACGGAAUGGCAGAAGAUCGCGGCAACGCCCGAUCUUGACUUACCAUUUCCGCAUCUGCGCCGUGAGUUCUACAACAGGUCAUGCGUUGCAUUGAGCCAGGCACUUCGUGAUUGCGAGCAAUAUGCAACUUUCGCCGAGAUUAUUGACAAGGCGAGAGAGAUCAUCAAGACCAAUAGGGCGGCUGCACACGAGAGGUCAACAUGGCAGCCGACCUAUGUGGAGAAGGUAAAGACUGGUCCACAGCCGCAGCAUUUCGCUGCAGUCCAAUCGGACAGUAGAGAAGACCCGGCAGCCACCCAAGCGUCACGUGAGGGAGAUCAGGUGGCUGCUGUCCAGCCGCGAAGCAACAACAAGUCUCGAGGUAACGGGAAGGCGAAAUCAGCAUCGCCGGCCGGAAAUGGACAACCUGCACCACCAUGGGUCAAGUUCGGCUUGACCGAGGCCGAGUACAAGUACCACGGCCGUUACGGCUGCUGUUACUGGUGCAACAACACCAAGCACAAGACCUCCCUUUGCCAGGAUCAGGCCAAGGAGGAUGUGCGGCCUCUACCGACUCAGUUGAUGGACGCCGCAGUAGAGGUUGUCGACCUUCACGCCUACAUUGCGAAGAUUGACCGCGAGUUCAAGACGCAACGGUACAACGACAUCGACGCACCAUUGCUAUACGUACGCAUUCAGAUCGGAGAAGCGACCUGCGGCGCUUUGAUCGAUUGCGGAGCAUCUCGCAACUACAUCAGCCAGGACUUCAUGUUGCGAAGCAAGGAUCACCCGGUGAACUUCUACCAUCGCACCGUUCACAUUCGUGAUCGGAACGGAGUACUAGUCCCCUGCACGGUGCCCCUUCCUCAUCCUUCGAUCAGUUGCCACGUGGUAUCCGCCGCAAGCAUGCGAGCUUCCAUCAUCAGAGACGACAUCGAGGAGAUGGGGGUGUGUUUUCUCCACGCCCUCCCGCCCCAUGACGCUUCAUCGACGGACUCUUCUUCGGAUCCACGCAUCACCGAGCUUCUCGACGCCUAUAGCGACGUGUUCGAAGGCCCGCACGGAGUAGUACCGGAUCGACCCAUCCGCCACGAGAUCAUCCUCGAGGACGGGGCCGUACCUCCGCACGGUUGCAUCUAUCGAAUGAGCGAGGAAGAGUUAAGUGUGCUUCGGGCACAACUCAACGACCUUCUGGAGAAAGGUUGGAUUCGGCCUAGCUCAUCGCCAUACGGUACUCCUGUUCUCUUCGUCCGGAAGAAGAACAAGGAUUUGCGGUUGUGCAUCGAUUAUCGCAAGCUCAACGCGCAGACGAUCAGAAACGCCGGCCCUCUCCCACGCAUCAACGAUCUUCUCGAGCGACUGGGCGGCGCCAAGUUCUUCUCCAAGCUGGAUCUCAAGUCAAGAUAUCACCAACUCGAGAUUCGGCAGGAGGAUCGCUACAAGACCGCGUUUAAGACGCGAUAUGGGCAUUCCGAAUGGCUGGUUAUGCGAUUUGGCCUUACGAAUGCCCCGGCCACUUUCCAAGCGGCUAUGACAACGGAGUUCCGACACAUGCUGGAUCGAUACGUACUUAUCUACCUCGACGACAUCCUGGUGUACAGCCGGAGUUUGGACGAGCAUGUGGAACACCUGCGCACCGUUUUGGAUCGGCUACGACAGGCCAAGUACAAAGCCAACCGCGACAAGUGCGAAUUCGCGCGGCAGGAGCUGGAGUACUUGGGACAUUAUGUGACGCCGCAAGGCAUCCAUCCGGUUGCGGACAAGAUCGAGGCCCUACGAGUAUGGCCCGAGCCCACCAACACCACGAACGUUCGUUCAUUCAUGGGGUUGGUGGGCUACUAUCAGCGAUUCAUCACCGGAUACUCGAGGAUUGUUGCACCUAUKACGAGAUUACAAUCGCCAAAGGUGCCAUUAACAUUCGAUGACGAUGCACGCCGGUCAUUCCAAGCACUCAAGACGGCCAUGCUCAUGGCACCCGUCCUUAGCAUCUAUGUCCCCACCGUUUCGAUGAGAGUGACUACAGACGCUUCCGGCUAUGGCAUUGGGGCAGUCUUGGAACAGCACGAUGGCGACGACUGACACCCUGUGGAGUAUUUCAGCCACAAAGUGCCUCCCAUCAACUCGCUUGAUGAUGCAAGGAAGAAGGAGCUGCUCGCAUUCGUCAUGGCUCUA